AUGUCUGUAAAGGACAAAGACGCAGAGGAGUUCCAGCAGGCUCUGAAGAUCUACACAGACGCCACAGCCUGCCAGACCAACAAUCUGCAGUGGGUCUCUCUUCUACAUUCAAAACAUUGGCCAUUGUUUUCAUUGAAGAUUUUACCUAUUGUGAAUGUAGCCGCUUUUCCUGGCUAAUCACCCUAAUCCUGCAUAUACAGUAGCUACUCUGUUUUGUCGACACACUUUGGCUGUAUUUCAAAACUAGAAUGGGGCUUUCUUUCCUUCAUAACAAUUGUUUUGGAAUACUGUCAAAUAGGUGACAAUAGUUCAGACUUUUAUGAUAAAGAGUACAGACCCUACUACAAGGAUCUACAGACACUACUACAGGGUACUACAGACACUACUACAGGGUACUACAGACACUACUACAGGGUACUACAAAUGUUUGUCAUCAAAAUGCCAAUUUCAUGAGCAAUAUACUUGUGACUUCCUUAUCCCACAGUGUGUCCGUCCAGACUCUUCCAGAGAGAUCCUGCUUCAUCAUGUACGAGUUCUGGCAAGACCGUCUCUCCUGGAUGAGGUACAUCAAGUAUUCUGCACACUCUUAGAAAAAAAGGUGCUAUCUAGAACCUAAAAGGGUUCUUCGGAUGUCCCCAUAGAAGAACCCUUCGAAGAACCCUUUUUGAUUCCAGGUAGAAACCCUUUGGGUUCAAUGUAGAAUCCUUUCCACAGAGGGUUUUACAUGGAACCCAAAUGGGUUCUACCUGGAACCAAAAAGGGUUCUACCUCGAACCAAAAAGGGUCUCCUAUGGGGACAGCCGAAGAAACCCUUUUUUCUAAGAGUGUAGUCCCAACAGAGUUUCAAAUUAAUUGACUGAAUGAAAAUGGAAUUGCACCCAAACCUUGUAAGAGAUUAUGAUUUAGUAUAGCCAUUCAGAAUUCUUCCAAAUACAGUUCUUCUACAAAAAGCCUUCAUUAAGAUGGGAUGUUGCAAUGCUGUUGGACUUGGCCAAGAUUUAAAGACCUUCUACAAAGCUUUAUUGACGGUAUGACAAAGCACUGACAGUCCAGGGCCACCCAUUGACUCCUCUGUCCCCUCUCUCCAUCCCUUCCUCCUACAGUUACCUGCAGUCCCCCAUCAGCAAGACAUUCCAGCGCUGCAUCAUUGACGUACUGGAGGACCCUGAAAUGGUUUCCACCAUGCUCCUCCCAGGUUAGUGUCAUACAGGGGAUGGAUUUUGUGGAGUGGAUGAGGGAUGGGCGAGAGAAGCUAUAAGGAAUGGCUCUGGGACCUCAGAGGGACAGAGCCUCAAACCCACUGGAGAGGAUGUGGUAAUGCAUGCCGUUUUUGAUGUUCAUGCAGUAUAUUGUUGUCAAUAGAUGAUCAAUGUGAUGCUCUUACGUAAAUGAUCAGUCUAUUUAAUUUGUUAAUUUGUUUUUUCAGCAUCUUGGUGGAUUAUGAAUAACAACUGA